AUGCGGCCUGUCGGGCCCCGCCCUGGGCCAGGUGGACCCUGCAGCUUGUUUUGGCUCCUCAACACCCCAGGAAGGAUGAAAGAGAUGGAUCCUGCAAAGCUAGUGAGGAUGGAAGGGGGAAGAUGGAUGGUUGACCCCACAACCUCUGAGCAUUCUGUCCCAGGGACCUCCGAGAGAUCUGGGGAGUUCCAGGAGAGUGAAGAUGGGGACAAGGAUGGAUGGAGCCGGAGAGAUGGUGAUGAAUUGGAAGGGAAAAACAAGGGACAGCACAACAGAAUCCUCAUAGCAGAGAAUUCAUAUAAAUAUUCAGAAUGUGGAGUGAAUAUUGGUCAGAGCUCCCAGUCUACCUCCCAUCAAAGAACGAGCUUCAUUCAGAGGGAUAGCCUCACAUCACACGAAAGAGCAGAGAGGGAGAAAUUGUAUCAGUGCAGAGAAUGUGGGAAGAGCUUCAAUCGCUCCCAUAAUCUCACUUACCAUCGAAGAGUUCAUACAGGGGAGAAACCAUAUCCAUGCUUGCAGUGUGGAAAGAGCUUCAUUCGGAAGGAUAGUCUAACUUCCCAUCAAAGAAUUCAUACAGGGGAGAAACCCUAUCAGUGCUUUGAAUGUGGGAAGAGCUUCAGUCGAAGUUCCAAUCUCACUUCCCAUCAAAGAAUUCAUACGGGGGAGAAACCCUAUCAGUGCAUCGAAUGUGGGAAGAACUUCAGUCGAUACGGCCAAUUCACUUCCCAUCGAAGAAUUCAUACAGGGGAGAAACCCUAUCAGUGCUUCGAAUGUGGGAAGAGCUUCAGUCAAUGCACCCAUCUCACUUCCCAUCAAAGAAUUCAUACUGGGGAGAAACCCCAUCUGUGCUUGGAAUGUGGGAAGAGCUUCAGUGAAAGCGCCAGUCUCACUUCCCAUCGAAGAAUUCAUACAGGGGAGAAACCCUAUCAUUGCUUUGAAUGUGGGAAGAGCUUCAGUCAUAGCACCAGUCUCACUUCCCAUCAAAGAAUUCAUAUAGGGGAGAAACCCUAUCAUUGCUUUGAAUGUGGGAAAAGCUUCAGUCAAAGCGCCAGUCUCACUUCCCAUCAAAGAAUUCAUACAGGGGAGAAACCCUAUCAGUGCUUCGAAUGUGGGAAGAACUUCAGUCAUAGCACCAGUCUCACUUCCCAUCAAAGAAUUCAUACAGGGGAGAAACCCUAUCAGUGCUUCGAAUGUGGGAGGAACUUCCGUCGAAGCGACCAUCUCACUUCCCAUCAAAGAAUUCAUACAGGGGAGAAACCCUAUCAGUGCUUUGAAUGUGGAAAGAGCUUCAGUGAAAGCUCCAGUCUCACUUCCCAUCGAAGAAUUCAUACAGGGGAGAAACCCUAUCAUUGCCUUGAAUGUGGGAAGAGCUUCAGUGAAAGCGCCAGUCUCACUUCCCAUCAAAGAAUUCAUACAGGGGAGAAACCCUAUCAUUGCUUUGAAUGUGGGAAGAGCUUCAGUCAAAGCGCCCGUCUCACUUCCCAUCAAAGAAUUCAUACAGGGGAGAAACCCUAUCAGUGCUUUGAAUGCGGGAAGAGCUUUAGUCGCAGCCACAUUCUGACUUCCCAUCAAAUAAUUCAUACAAGACAGAAUACCUCUUAGUGUUUGGAAUGUGGGAAAAGGUUCAGUCAGAGUGCCACUCUCAUGGCCCACCAAAUAAUUCAUGAGAAUGUUAGCCGCUUUGAGACUUCUUCGGGUAGUGAAAAGCGGGAUAUCA